AUGUUUUUACCGACAAAGACCCUGAGGAAAUAUGAAACUUCUACCCAGUUCUCAGGCCCCUUGCAAAUCUUUCCAACCUUCCUCCUGAAUUGUUCUAGCAACUCCAACUUUUUCUUUUAUUAUGAAGAUGACUUCUCCCUCUUUCAUAAUGAAACCAGUCUAGACAGUCAAAAGCACAGAGGGGUCUGUCCUACAAAUAAGGUGGUCAACUGUCGCAGUUCUAUUAUUUCAUUCUCCAGUGGCUCAUCAGUCUUGGCAAAUCACAUAACUGCUCACUUUGUUUAUAUAGAAAAGAAAAUAUCACCAGCAGCGGGAGCUGCGGGCGGUCGGAGCUCCGGGCCCCGGCGGCGGCGCCAUCUUGUGCCUGGGGCUGGUGGGGAGGUCAGGAGGGGCCCCCCGGGGGACGCAGGGGACUAUGGGAACGACCUGGAGUCUGAGGAACUGGAGCCUGAGGAGCUGCUGCUGGAGCCGGACUCGGAGCCCGAGCCCGAGCCCGAAGAGGAGGCGCCCCGGCCCAGCGCAACCCCGGGAGCUCCCGGCCCUGAGCCUGGCUCGGGAGCCCCCGGCAGCCAGGAAGAGGAGGAAGAGCCAGGACUGGUCGAGGGCGACCGGGGGGACGGCGCUAUUGAGGACCCGGAGCUGGAAGCGAUCAAAGCUCGAGUCAGGGAGAUGGAGGAAGAAGCUGAGAAGCUAAAGGAGCUACAGAACGAGGUAGAGAAGCAGAUGAAUAUGAGCCCACCUCCAGGCAAUGCUGGCCCUGUGAUUAUGUCCAUUGAGGAGAAGAUGGAAGCUGAUGCCUGUUCCAUCUAUGUUGGCAAUGUUGACGAUGGUGCAACAGCAGAAGAGCUGGAAGCACACUUUCAUGGCUGUGGUUCAGUCAAUCGUGUUACCAUACUCUGUGACAAAUUUAGUGGCCAUCCUAAAGGGUUUGCGUAUAUAGAGUUCUCAAAGUCAGUGAGGACAUCCCUGGCCUUAGAUGAAUCCUUGUUUAGAGGAAGACAAAUAAAGGUGAUCCCAAAAUGAACCAACAGACCAGGCAUCAGUACAACAGACCAAGGUUUCCCACGAGCCCGCUACCGUGCCCAGACCACCAAUUACAACAGCUUCCGCUCUCGAUCCUACAAUGGUUUUAACAGCAGGCCCCGGGGUCGUGUCUACAGGGGCCGGGCUCGAGCGACAUCAUGGUAUUCCCCUUACUAAAAAGAGUGUGUAUUAG